AUGACUCUAGAAGAAAAUUCUAUAAAAAUAAAAAAGAAAAAAAAACAAUCAAAAAAAUUAUUACCAAAAAAUGUUUUUGAAAUAGUUGGUGAAACUGGACAAACUAUUGAACGAGUUGAUUCAAAUAGUACAAAGAAAAUAGUUGAACAAUUAGAAGAAACUGAACCUAAACCAACAUUUAGUGAACGUACAAAAAAACGACGAAGACGCGAAUGGGACGCAAUGAAUUAUGAACCAUUUGAUAUAACACGUGCUCGUGAUUAUGAACGUUCAUUACAACGAAUAGCUACACGUGGUAUUGUUCAAUUAUUCAAUACAGUUCGAAAACAACAACAAAAUUCAUCAUCAUCAUCAACAAUAACGAAAAAUAAAAAAGAAAAUACAAUAAAUAAAGGAGAAUUUCUUGAUAUGCUUAAAACAAUUGAUUCUGAUGAAGUCUCUUGCAAAAUUAUGAAAAAAAAUCAAUCUACGACUGAAUCAACAACAAAAACAACACCAGUCAGAUGGAAUGUUCUUCAAGAUGAUUUGAUGGCGAGUGUUAAAGAUGAUGAUGAUGAUGAUGAUAAUGAUGAUUGA